AUGUCGUUCGUGUACACUGUCCGUCUCGCAGCGCAUGAAGUAUCCUCUGAGGUUGGUGGUGUUGUACACGUAACUUCCUACCGCCAUGGAGGCCUGCUGGUGUUCGUAAUUGCAGCUGUGUUCACUACUGAACAGCAAAAGCCCCGGUCGGACUCUCUUGCGUACUGUGGAAGAGCGGGUUUCCAUAGCAUGCGAAUAGAUAUUGCCACUAAUAGUGUACAAUUAGCAUCAUUUACAGAAAUCCCUAACACCAGAAGGUACUGGUCAAGAGAUACAUCCAUCCGCCCAUCCUCUGUCGUAAUGUCCCAGCUGACACAGGCUGUUUGCUUAGAGUUAUUCGACCGAAAACGGCAUUGGUCCUUUGCGCAACGCCGUCGUCAGCUCCACCUCUACUCAGUGCUACUGAUUAAGAUAACGUCCCUCGCUCGAUCCAUUAUACGAAAAUACAUAGCCAGUCGCUUCACCAUUUCCUGCUUUCUCUGCUGGUUUGAAAACCCCGAAUAA